UACGUAAAGUAUGCAUCAUAUGCAACGUGAAGAAAAGCACGCGUAAUAAAAUAUCAAUAUAUGAAUUUAUCUUAUCUGUACAAAUAAAGAUUUUUUAUUAUAAUACACUUCGUUUUACAAGAGAUUACACUCUCUAAAAAAUGAUUUGAGCAUUUCGUCACAUCAGGGAAAUCCUCGGUUUCCAUUACAGCAGAAGAUGUACCAGAUGUAACCGUAGUUUCCAUGAUUGUUGCUGCGCGGUGAGUUGUCCGAGUUAUGGUCACUUCAAAAAUUUCGAUAACAUGGCAUCGUUUGACGACAAAUUGUUUCAUGAAGUUAAAUCACGACUCAUAGAUACUGUCGAAAAUCCAGAAUGGAUUCCUUUAUCUCUUACUUUAGUCGAAUACCCCCAAGGUGAUGUAUUUGGAAAACUAUUAGCUCUAAUAAGUUUGAUACCAUUUGCUAUUAUAACUGGUUUCAUAACUUUGAUUCUCUUUAGAAGAGACUUGCACACAAUUGCAUUUUUUAGUGGAGUUAUAAUUAAUGAAUUUAUAAAUUUUAUAUUGAAACAUACAAUAUGCGAAGCAAGACCAAUGAGACGAGAUAGUGUUUCUGUUGAAUAUGGUAUGCCUUCAAUGCAUGCACAAUUUAUGUGGUUUUUUGCUGCAUAUAUCACACUUUUUAUAUGCAUCAGGUUACACUAUAACAAUAAUAGCAGUAUUUUAGAAAGAUUUUGGAGAAUUACCAUUAUAGCUGCUUCUAUAAUUACUGCUAUUUUAGUGACUUACAGUAGGGUUUACUUAUUGUAUCAUUCUAUUUCUCAAGUCCUGUGUGGUGCAUUUGUAGGAAUUAUAUUGGGAAUAGUAUGGUUCAUAGUUACGCAUGUAGUCCUUACACCGAUGUUUCCUAUGAUUGUUUCAUGGCGGAUAUCGGAGUAUUUACUAUUACGUGACACAACGUUAAUUCCUAAUAUUCUUUGGUUCGAAUAUACGAAUAUUCGUACAGAAGCACGAGCGCGCUCCCGGAAACUCGUGUCAAUGAAAUCGCAAUGACGGUUAAUGUCUGGCCAAUGGGCUGAUAGUAAAUAGAAUACAAACAUUAAGAAAAAACUGAUACCAUUCCUUCAGCUAAAUGAAACUUAAAAAUUCAACCUUCGUUUGGCUCAAAGAAAUGACUAUAAAUAGUCAGCGACGAAAAAUAAUGUCACUGAUAAUACUUACAUGCAUAAGAUAUUAGUACAAAUUUUGCAUACGAAUUUUCGCAUUAUUAAAACUAACUUUUAUAACUUUACAUAAACUAUUUAUAGUCCAUAUUUAAUGAAUCACUUCGCUAUCUCGUUGAUUUCAUGAUAUUGUUAUCUUAUAGAUAUUAUCUAUAAAAGACCAGUCAAUGAGCUAUGGUUAAUUUAAAAAAAUCAAACCUAGUGCAAUAACAUAAUGAAAUAUGAUAUUGACUACUGUUAAU